CCCCCAAAUUCAUUAAAAAAAAAAAAGUAGGGUAAUCCAUUUUCAAUCACAUUGAAAUGUAAAUGAUUUUCGGGCUCUUAAAGUGUCAAGCUUUAACCAAUUGUUGUUUGUUCAACCCCAUUUUCAGUGUGCUCUUAGACCUAUUGAUUCCACUACCCUUUGGUAUUUAUUCAUUGUAUCUUUUGUUAUAUAGUGUUAUUGUUGAAUGGACACAAGAAAACUAAUACCCCUUUUAAGGGCUUGUGUGAAUUCCAAGUCAUUGAAUCAAGGCAAACUAAUCCAUCAAAAAGUUAUAACUUUUGGUUUGCAAAAUGAUGUUUUUUUCUGCAAGAAUUUAAUUAGUCUAUAUGUUUCUUGCCAUAUGUAUGAUUAUGCAAAGCAUGUUUUUGAUGCAGUUGAAAACCCUUGUGAGAUAUCUUUAUGGAAUGGCCUUAUGGCAGGUUACACUAAGAAUUACAUGUAUGUUGAAGCUCUAGAGCUUUUUGAUAAGUUGAUGCAUUAUCCUUAUUUAAAACCUGAUAGUUAUACUUACCCGAGUGUUCUUAAGGCAUGCGGGGGGCUUUGUAGAGUUGUAUUGGGAAAAAUGAUUCAUACGUGUUUGAUGAAAACUGGUUUAAUGGUUGAUAUAGUUGUUGGUAGCUCUCUUGUUGGUAUGUAUGCUAAAUGCAAUGCAUUUGAGUAUGCGGUAAAGAUGUUUGAUGAAAUGCCUGAUAAAGAUGUAGCAUGCUGGAAUACAGUGAUUUCAUGUUAUUACCAAAGCGGAAAGUUUGAAGAAGCUCUACGAUACUUUGGCAUGAUGAGAAGAUUUGGAUUUAUGCCUGAUUCGGUUACGAUUACAACUGCUAUUUCAUCCUGUGCUAGGCUUUUUGAUUUGGAAAGGGGAAGGGAAAUUCAUAAGGAGUUGAUUAAUAGUGGGUUUGAACUGGAUAGUUUUGUUAGCUCUGCACUUGUUGACAUGUAUGGAAAAUGUGGUCAUUUAGAAAUGGCCAUAGAGGUUUUUGAACAAAUGCCGAAAAAGACCGUUGUUGCCUGGAAUUCCAUGAUUACAGGAUAUGGUUUCAAAGGUGACUGCUUUUCAUGCAUUCAACUUUUUAAGAGGAUGUACGACGAAGGAGUCAAGCCAACUUUGACUACUUUGAGCAGUAUAAUAAUGGCUUGUUCACGAUCAGUGCGACUACUAGAAGGAAAGUUUGUUCACGGAUAUAUAAUACGCAACAGAAUACAGCCUGAUAUUUUUAUUAAUAGCUCACUCAUGGAUCUAUACUUCAAAUGUAGAAAAGUUGAAUCAGCUGAAAACAUCUUUAAAUUGAUACCGAAGACAACGGCGGUUUAUUGGAAUGUUAUGAUUUCUGGAUAUGCAACCGAAGGGAGACUUUUUGAAGCCCUUAACCUCUUCAGUGAAAUGAGACAAUCGUAUGCUGAACCAGAUGCUAUUACUUUCACAAGUGUUGUAGCAGCUUGUUCGCAACUAGCGGCACUAGAGAAGGGUAAAGAAAUUCACAAUCUGAUUAUUGAGAAAAAUUUGGGAAAUAAUGAAGUAGUUAUGGGGGCUCUCCUUGAUAUGUAUGCAAAGUGUGGUGCUGUGGAUGAAGCAUUUGGUGUUUUCAAAUGUUUACCAGAAAGAGAUCUGGUGUCUUGGACUUCCAUGAUUACCGCUUACGGGUCUCAUGGUCGGGUCUAUGAAGCUUUGAAGCUUUUUGCUGAAAUGCUUCAGUCCAAUGUGAAACCUGAUAGAGUUACGUUUCUUGCCAUACUGUCUGCUUGUGGCCAUGCUGGGUUGGUUGAUGAUGGAUUCUAUCAUUUCAAUCAAAUGAUCAAUGUUUAUGGUAUCAAACCUAGAGUUGAACAUUAUUCAUGCUUGAUUGCGCUUCUUGGACGUGCUGGAAGAUUACACGAAGCAUAUGAGAUUCUUCAAAGAAACCCUGAAAUCAGGGAUGAUGUUGGGCUGUUGAGUACCUUAUUUUCCGCAUGCCGUUUGCACAGACAUCUUGAUUUAGGGGUUGAAAUUGCAGAAAAACUUAUUGACAAGGAUCCUGACGAUUCGUCGACCUAUAUUAUCUUAUCAAAUAUGUAUGCGUCUUUCGGUAGAUGGGACGAGGUACGAAUGGUGAGAUCAAAGAUGAAAGAGCUUGGAUUGAAGAAGAAUCCAGGGUGUAGUUGGAUUGAGAUUAACCAGAAGAUCGAGCCUUUCUUUGUUGAAGACAAUUCGCACCAUCAUCUAGAAGUGAUUAAUAAGUGCCUUUCAUAUCUCACUAGUCACAUGGAAGAUGAGUGUAAACCAAUUUAUAUAUCAUUUUGAUGUUAAAGGACAGUGUGAUUUUACUAUCUCAAAUUAGCAAACGGCGAAAAGCUUAGCAGAUGGAAAUGAUGAGGAUCUUGAGCCAAUGAUCCUUGGUGCGUGCAACUGAUCUUUAAAUUUAACUUAUCAAAAUCCAACAUGGAUCACAAAAAUCAUAAAGAAACUUGUUUUUUCCUUUGUUUGAUUGGAUAUUUCACCAAGGGUUACCAACACAAUGGAUGAUUGGAGCUAUCAUUCAUAACAUCUGGAAGAAAAUUCACUUUUUGCAUAUGCUCAUUCAUCAUAUAUGGAUUUGGUUUUAAAAGUGCUGGUGCGUCCACGCGUACAAAUAGAUGCACUUAACAUAGAACCUUCUCUCAGUCUAUAUCGUCUAUCAAUCUAUUACACAGAAAUAGGUCGAAUAUUAAACUGGUAGUCGGACACAAUUGCUAAACAGAAGUUUUAACCAAAGCCGUUUAUUCAUACACAUAACAUUAAAUUUGUGGCAAUAUGUACCUAGGUGAGUUAUGCAGCAAGAAAAUGAUCAGUUACUUGAUCAGUAAGGUAUCUGUUCAGUUCCCAAACAAGAGAUGUUGGUGAAUAAUAUAAUAGUUUGUGUGAGAUUAAAGCCUCCAGUGUUGAUAUCCACUUGGAUGAGAAUUGCUGUAGUUAUGAUCCGUAGAUUAAAGUUGAGAAGGAUUAUUAACUGUUGAGUUGGGACUAUGAGUAUCUAUCUAAUCUAUAACAUAUUCAUGUUGCUGCUACAUGAGAAACCUGCUUCUUUGAACUUCAAAGGGCUAACUCACCAGGAGAAACUUGCAUUUUGGAUAAACACUUAUAAUUCCUGUAUGUAUUUCUGUCCCUCAUUUUCUACUUCCCGCCACAGAGCAAAACUUAAAGAAUUUGUUUCAUUGAGGACUCUAUUUUGAAGGUAAUUAUUUGUCUUUAAUACUGUAGGUAUAUUUAGCUUAUCCGAGAAUUAUGAAAUGACCACAGUACUGAUACACAAUGUACAAUUUAUUUUUCUCUAUAUUUGUUUUUCUUGAAAAACAAUUUAUUCAAAGUAGCAGAUAUAUAGCUCUACCUUUGCAA